CAGCCCUUGUCCUUCCACCGCCGCGCCUCCGCGAGAUUCGUUGACUGCCAUCGGAGGGCGUCCGAAGGCGUCUUUGUUCGGCCACGGCUACGACUAGAAGUCAUACUUGGGGUCGAUAGGAGAGGCGUUCUUGCACCUCGACCUCGGCCAGAACGUGUUCGACCGCAAACCAGCCAGUCCCCUCGGCCUUCGAGCGUGCAACCACCGGCAAUCCCUCCCCAUAACAUGAUGUCCAGGAUGGAGGAUGUAUCGACAGGCUCAGACUCGGACUACUCCAGGUGCUGGAUAUCCUGGUUCCUCUCCUCCAAGGGGAACGAGUAUUUCUGCGAGGUCGAUGAGGACUUCAUCCUUGAUCGCUUCAACCUUACCGGCCUCAAUAACGAGGUCGCGAACUAUGCCCAAGCGCUCGAUCUCAUCACGGACAAUUUGGACGACGAGAUGCAGGACGAGAUGCGCGGGUCGCUCGACGUGCAGGCCCGGCUGCUCUACGGCCUCAUCCACGCGCGCUGGAUCGUCACCGCGCGCGGGCUCGCGAAGAUGCUCGAAAAAUACAAACGCGCCGACUUCGGCAAAUGUCCUCGCGUGCUCUGCGCUGCCCAACCCCUCCUCCCUGUCGGCCUCACCGACAUUCCGUACGAAAAGUCCGUCAAGCUCUACUGUGGCCGCUGCGAGGACAUCUACUCGCCCAAGUCCUCAAGACACGGCAGCAUCGACGGGGCCUACUUCGGGACGACAUUCCCCCAUCUGCUUUUCCUCGUCUACCCAAAUUUGAUACCGGCGAAGGUGGGUGGUACCGAAGGAGGCGCCGCGGGGCUUGGCGCGGGUUCGAGCUCAACAAGCGGGGCGGGCGCAGCCGCCGACUCACGGGCCCGCCGUCGUGCGCGCGAUGACGCUGAAGUUCUACCAGCCGAGGGCGGCGGAGGCGGCGGCGAGGGCGUCAGCACGGCGAGCGUGGCGAAGAACGUCGAGCGGUAUCGGCCGCGGAUAUACGGCUUCCUCGUGCACGAGACGGCCAGGCUGCAAAGAUGGCAAGAGGCAGUCAGGGAUCGGCAGGUGGAGAGAUUGGAGGCGAUCGAGGAGAGGCCGUGAGGUGGUGUAGGCCGUCAUAUCCGGAAAGACUGCCCUCGUAGAGUAGAGGAGUGCCCAGCUGGUUUGUGCUUUCGCAGAUGCUUCAUACAUGGACAUUCCUGUAUAAGAUGUAUCCAUAUUUGUAUUUUCGGUCCAUACAGCUGUCUUGAUGCGAUGCUAUACCUCCAGUCGUCUGCGCCACCAGGC